GUCAUCAGAUCACAGCAGCUCUUUUACAAUGAAAACCAGACAGCGUGUUCCCGUCAGCUGAGACGCAUUGACAAUAACAUUCAAUAGGAUCAGUCAACCCGUUGUCGUCAGUCAUCGCUACUACAGCUAUGCCCAUUGCGGAGCUUUUGGGAGUCCAGUUCGACAUGCAGCUGCUGUUGAAGCUGAGUCUUUCCGUGGCUGCGGUGCUGCUGGUUUCAUGGGCGUACAGGUUCUACAGCUCCAGGGAGGCAAAGGAAAUUCAGCUCCGUGUCAAAGACGACAAAGAGCCACAAAAUGCAACCUGCCAAAACUGCAAGACGACGCUACGAUGUCAAAACUCAUCAAAACAUGACACCGAUGAUGGGAGCGAGCGUCCCUCGGAUGCAGACACAGCCACUGAUGACCUGACACCUGACAGCACCAAGGAAGCUCGUCCAUGCCAUGCUGAAAAGAGUGAGGAUGCAUUUAGCAUGUCAUAUAGUGACCAAAAUAUCAGCCUGAAAGGAGAGGUGCUCACUCGUCAGAAGCAGGCAGAGGUUGCCACCAGUAAUAUUUCAUUUGGAGCUGCUUUGAACCUUCCUCUUCCAACUGAGAGUGGGAUGGUCAGUACAACGGGGCGCCGUUCCCCUUGCUUUUUGCAGAAGCUGGAGGGCAUUGUGGGUGUGGGCAGGGAGUUAAGGCAGGACUUGGAACGCCAGGGGGCCUACUCCAGCUUCCUCUCCAAGGCAGAGAUCAAAGUGGAGGAUGCCAAUGUGGUGCUGGAGGGAACGGGAGACCAGAUUGUGCGCGGAAAGAUAUAUGAUUACUAUGUCGAGUCUUCCUCUCACUCUAUUACAGACUCCAACGCUGCGCUGGGUCAGUAUGAGAGGAACGCUGAGUCAGCGGAGCUUGGAAGUCGUGGCAGCGGCCUCAAAGAAUCCCCGUCCUCUCUGAGCCCCAUCAUCAUGCGCGAUCUGGUUUUACCACAAAGCACAGUUGAGGAUCCCCCCUUGCUGGGAAGCCUCAAACCGAGGCACCCUGCGAGGCCUGUACUCCUACGCAAGGAGAGCUAUCUGUCUGCGGCAGAGCAGUCGGAGAUUUCCCUCCCCUUUCUAAAUGCAAGAGCCUCUACUCUAAUGACUCACUCUUUGGCCCCAACCAGCAAUGAGUCUAUCUCUGUUCACCCUAUGAUCCGUCACUCUACAGACAGCGGAGGCCUUAAUGUGAAGGAGGGGGCUGAUCCAGAGACUGUAGCAGCAUUUUUACACCUUCCAGCAAAAACUCUCGACAGCACAGAUUUGGAAAGCUUGAAGAGUAAACUCGAUCUGGGUAACUGCUUGGAGACGCUGUGUCUGGCCAAGAAACACGGCCAGGCCUCUGUGAAGCAAGCGGCCCUGGGAGUCAUGUCAGACAACUACCUCCAGGUGCUCAGGGACCCCAACCUUUACGGGCGGCUAAUGGCUGGUGAGCGGGAGCAAAUCCAGAAGCAGAGAAUGAGAGGGAGACGGUUUGUCAUGGUGGCAGAUAUGGACCCUCAAGACUGGGCGAGGAACACCGGAGGGCAGACAGCAGAGACGGAGCAGAGGAGGACGUCGAGCGCAGUGUACUGUUAUGAUGACUACAAAGACGCCUGGCACACACUCUGCCUGAUCCCACAGGAGGUCAUCUCUAAAGCCUGUGCCAUGUGCACAAUGGAUAACUACUUAUUCGUGGCAGUGGGCUGCCAAGGCACAGACAGAGAGAUGACACCCUCAAAGCGAGUGUUUUGCUACAAUCCUUUGACAUCAAUUUGGAAGGAGAUCAGUCCAAUGAAUGCAGCCAGGCCGCGCUGCAAACUGGCAGCACUGGAGGGCUACAUCUACGCCAUCGGAGGGGAGUGCCUCUCCUCAGUGGAGCGCUACGACCCGCGAUCGGACAGAUGGACAUUCGUGGCUCCACUGCCUAACGACACAUUCGCCGUGGCACAUCACGUCACAGUGUGCAGCGGAGAGCUUUUCGUUUCCGGGGGAACUCUUAGAUGUAUACUUCUUCGCUACAGCCCCAAAACCAACAGCUGGAGGCCAAGUCUGUUGGUAGGCAGCAAAGACAGGACUGCAGAUCUGAUAGCUGUGGGGAGAUUUCUGUAUCGGUUCGAUGUCAACCCAUUGCUGGGGGUCAGCGUGUACCGCUACCACACGGUGGCUCGGCUGUGGUAUGAGUGCAGCUCCAAAAGGCUUCAACGCUGCCCUGCCUUCCAGUGUGUCACGAUGGAUGGCACCAUCUAUUGUAUCAGCCGCCAGUUCACCAUGAGGUUCGAGGCUGAUGAGAUCUCUCCGGGUUUCAGAGAUGAGAAUUUGAGUGUCCUCUCUGCAGCAAAGGGCAUACUUUUCCCCUUUGUCCUUUCACUCCCUGAUAAGAAGCCUCGGCAGACAAGUGUGUAAGGAGGAUUCGGUUUUCCAUUAAUGAUAAGGCGGUGGUGGAGUAUCCCUACAAGAGCAUGCUUUACAUCAAGUUUCUUGUUGACUGAGUGGGUUUCGCUUCGUUCUUGACACAGCCCCAAAAAAUAUCACUGCAAAGUUGUAAUCACUGUUAUUAAGAUUACCUUUUGCCACAAAGCUUCUGUUUUUUAAACUACUUAUUUCUCGGAUUGGGUAUUGCACAAAGAAAUGUGUGUUUCUUGUGUCUCGUCCCCUGGCAGUAGAUGUAAAGUAUUAGACUCUUAAUGCUAGUCAAACCACUGUUUGUUCAGAUUUACGGAUGUGCUGCCAUGUAAAUUGUUUGCUUCUUUGAUUUGCCACUCCUCCCUGCCAUUAAGUUAGUUUUAUAUCAUCCCAGAUGCUUAACCUCUUUAGAUAAUUCAUAAAUAAGUCUUGGAGCAAAUGAGCUCAUUCAACUCUAACACAUUACAGAGAUUGGGCAAUAUAGUGAUCAUCUAUCACUGUGCUCCACUGUGUGUAGGGCACAAAUAUAACUUACACAGUGGCCUGGUUACAACACAAUUAUCUACAGUUGCUCUUUAAGUAUGACAGGGUGUAAAUGGGGUUGUCAUACAAUAUGAAUGGGUGGGCUUCUAAAAGCAUUCGUCACGACUUUUGAAACUCUUUCAACGCUAAGACUUGCUGUUCAUUUUGUAAGUUUAGUCACUCUCAUUUUGUGGCCAGAAAGAAGUAGAGCUGCAACGAUUAAUCGAUUAGUUGUCAACUAUUAAUUAUAAUUGAUUAAUCGGAUUGAGUAAUUUUUCAAGAAAUAAAAAAUAAAAAUUCUCAGA